GUGGCGCAGCCGAACUGCCAGCAGCUCCUGGCGACGCUCUGGUACGACGGGUUCCCCGGCUGGAGGAGGAGACACUGGGCCGUCAAGCUGGUCACCUGCUUCAUCAUCGGACUGCUGUUCCCUUUCUUCUCUCUGAUCUACUUGUUGGCUCCUAAAAGCGCUCUGGGUCGCUUCAUAAAGAAACCCUUCAUAAAGUUCAUCUGCCACACAGCGUCGUACCUGACGUUCCUCUUCCUGUUGCUGCUCGCCUCGCAGCACAUCGCCCGGACAAACCUCCACAUGCAGGGACCCCCCCCCACCCUCGUGGAGUGGAUGAUCCUCCCCUGGGUGGUUGGCUUCAUCUGGGCGGAGAUUAAGGAGAUGUGGGACGGAGGCUUCACAGAAUAUAUCCACGACUGGUGGAACCUGAUGGACUUCGCCAUGAACUCUCUGUACCUCGCCACCAUCUCGCUGAAGAUAGUGGCCUACUUCAAAUAUAACUCCUCUCGGCCCAGGGAGGAGUGGGAGAUGUGGCACCCGACCCUCAUCGCCGAGGCUCUGUUUGCCAUCGCUAACAUCUUCAGCUCUCUGAGGCUCAUCUCUCUCUUCACCGCUAACUCCCACCUGGGCCCGCUGCAGAUCUCCCUGGGGAGGAUGCUGCUGGACAUCCUCAAGUUCCUCUUCAUCUACUGCCUGGUGCUGCUGGCGUUUGCAAACGGUCUGAACCAGCUGUACUUCUACUACGAGACGAAGGCCUCCGAGGAGCCGAACAACUGCAAAGGCAUCCGCUGUGAGAGGCAGAACAACGCCUUCUCCACGUUGUUCGAGACGCUGCAGUCGUUGUUCUGGUCGAUAUUCGGGCUUCUGAAUCUGUACGUGACCAACGUGAAGGCGAGGCACGAGUUCACGGAGUUUGUCGGGGCGACGAUGUUCGGGACGUACAACGUGAUUUCUCUGGUGGUUCUGCUCAACAUGCUGAUCGCCAUGAUGAACAACUCCUACCAGCUCAUCGCCGAUCACGCCGACAUCGAGUGGAAGUUUGCUCGCACCAAACUGUGGAUGAGUUACUUUGACGAGGGCGGCACGCUGCCCCCCCCCUUCAACAUCAUCCCCUCCCCCAAAUCCAUCCUCUUCCUGCUGCUGUGGCUCCACAACAAGCUGUGCAGGGGGGGCGGCCCCGCAGGCGAGCACUCGCACAAGUGUGAGAACCUGCGGGAGUUCACAGAACGCCACGCUGACAGUCUGAUUCAGAACCAGCAUUACCAGGAAGUGAUCCGCAGCCUGGUGAAGAGGUACGUGGCGGCCAUGAUACGCAGCGCCAAGACGGACGAGGGACUGACGGAGGAAAACUUUAAGGAGUUGAAGCAGGACAUCUCCAGUUUCCGAUACGAAGUCCUGGAUCUCCUCGGCAACCGUCGUCCUCCCCGGCGACACUACUCCUCGUCCAGCGAGACGACGAGAGACGACGGCGCCGCGGCGUCAGAAGACGACAGCGAAUCAGGCGACGGCUGCUCGAGCCAGAGGUCAAAGGGCGUGACCUUCAUGACGCCGAUGGAGGACGAGGAGGACGAGAAGAGGCAGUCGCCAACGCUCGGCGUGUCCGAGUUGGUGCGCUCGAUCUCGGGCAUGACGAGGAUAGAAGGAGUGGGCGAUGGCGAGGAGGAAGAGGAGGAAGAAGAGGAGGAGGAAGAGGAGGGGAAACCAAAGAGCAACGGGCUGAAAACGGCCGUCGUCCCUCAUUCCUCCUCCUCCCCUUCGUCUUUCUCCUCGACUUUCUCCUCGUCGUUCGCCCGCACGAGGAGUCGCCUGCAGCGCCUGGCUCCCGGGUCGAAAACGGACUCCUUCAAACGCCUCUCCUUCCUGUUUUCCCGCUCAAAACGCCGAGCCCCGCCCACGCCGUUGCAGUCCUCCUCGUCGUCCUACACCAUCUCAGACGGGUUCCUGCGCCCCCUGCGGAGCCACGACUUCGACCUGGACGACGUGUCGAGGAGCGAGUCGCGUCUGCACGAAGUGGGACGCCGUCGACGGUCGGGCGACCUCAUCAUCGGCGACCCGGCGUUCUCCCCGCGGAGGACGAACGGGGGGCGGGACUCCCUCCUCUUGCCCCUCCCCCCUCCGUGCCCCUGCCAAUCACUGCACUGCGCUUCCAACAUGUCAGAAUCCAGCUCCCGCCUCCUGGACUCCAGCGAGGACGUUUUCCAGGGCGAAGGAGGAGCAGGUGGAGGUGUGGAGGAAGGAGGAGGAGGAGGAGGAGGAGGGGGGGGGGUCGGGGUGAUGAUGGUGAUGGGCGGGUGGGUUGGACCGUGCGGUGAUGAUGUCAUCGGGGACAGCUGUGAUGUCAUAGAGGAAUCUGUCACCACGCAGCUAUAG